CCACAACAUCCUACAAUGGACAUGGACGGCGUCUCUACUUCUCCCUUUCUGAGACAUUCUUCUUUGCCUCCAAGCAGCGCGCCGUUCGCAUCGGAAGCCCCGAAUGACAGAUCGAGCACUCCGCGACGACCUCGCCCGACGGCAGACGCGCUCGACUUGGGCGAUGAUCAAAUGGACGAUGCCAUAGAUGCUGAGGGUACAACCGCAAGAAGGAGAAGAAGGGCCAGGGGGCAGCUCGAUGAGAAUAUUCCAAUCGUAAUAGACGCGGUCGGCGAGAGUGUGCAGGAGAGCUUUGAGACGUUCCUAAGAACCUUUACUGAGGAGAUCGCCCUUGCAUCGACCCCCUCUUCAGAUGGUGGAUUACCUGCUGCGCCUGAAGGAGAUCUGAUCUAUAUCGAACAAAUCCACACAAUGCGAGACCAGGAGCUAACAACUCUCUAUGUCGACUAUGGACACCUGCUGCAAAAGGAUGACGUCCUUGCGGAUGCCAUCCAGAAGCAAUACUACCGCUUCCUCCCUUACAUCCGGCGCGCAGUCCACAACCUUGUGGCAGAGUUUGAGCCAGAAUACCUCAAAUUGAAUCCGACCGCGGCUGCCACAGACUCUGUGAAUCUGCAGUCGCGUGAGUUCAAUGUCGCAUUUUACCAUCUUCCUUUGGUCUCCGGUAUACGAGACCUCAGGACAGACAAAAUCGGUACGCUGAUGAGCAUCAGCGGAACGGUCACCAGGACCAGCGAAGUACGCCCAGAACUUCUAUAUGGCAGCUUCGUCUGCGAGGUCUGCGGAGGAAUAGUCAAUGAUAUCGAGCAACAGUUCAAAUACACAGAGCCGAGCCUCUGUCCAAAUCCGACUUGUGGUAAUCGGGUUGCGUGGCAAUUGCAGAUCGACAGUUCGAAGUUCACGGAUUGGCAGAAAGUUCGCAUUCAAGAGAAUCCUUCGGAGAUUCCUACAGGGUCUAUGCCCCGAUCCUUGGACGUUAUCCUACGCUCGGAGCUCGUCGAACGAGCAAAGGCAGGCGACAAAUGUGUGUUCACAGGCACAUUCAUCGUCGUGCCAGACGUCAGCCAACUUGGACUUCCUGGAGGCAAUAAGCCCGAGCUGAUGAGGGAAGCAGCACGGGGUAACAACUCUGCUGCAGCAUCAGUUGGGGGUGCUGGGGUAACUGGUCUGAAGAGCCUCGGUGUCCGAGAUCUCCAGUACAAGACUGCGUUCCUGGCGUGCAUGGUUCACGACGCGGAUGGUCGGGUUGGUGUCAAUGUCCGGGGUGAGGAGGAGGAAGGCGUAGAUGACGGAGAGGCGUUCGCUCGCUCGCUCACAGGGCCCGAAUUGGAGGAGCUGCAGCGCAUGAUCGAGUCUGACCAUAUCUACUCUCGAAUGGUGGCGAGCAUCGCACCCACUGUAUAUGGCCACGAGAUUGUGAAAAAGGGCCUCUUGCUCCAGCUUUUGGGAGGCGUCCACAAGCAAACGGCGGAAGGUAUGCAUCUGCGUGGUGACAUCAAUAUUUGUAUCGUUGGAGACCCUUCAACAUCCAAGUCGCAAUUCUUGAAGUACAUCUGCGCAUUCUUGCCUCGAGCGGUAUACACUUCUGGCAAAGCCUCCUCAGCGGCCGGUCUCACUGCUGCUGUUGUCAAGGAUGAAGAGACGGGUGACUUCACCAUCGAAGCAGGCGCUCUCAUGCUGGCAGACAAUGGCAUCUGUGCCAUUGAUGAGUUCGACAAGAUGGAUCUCUCUGAUCAAGUGGCGAUUCACGAAGCCAUGGAGCAGCAGACGAUAUCCAUCGCGAAGGCUGGGAUCCACGCAACCCUCAACGCGCGCACGUCGAUCUUAGCCGCUGCGAACCCCAUCGGCGGGCGAUACGACCGCAAGCGGUCGCUGCGUGCGAACGUUGCGAUGACCGCGCCAAUCAUGAGCCGAUUCGAUCUAUUCUUCGUGGUCCUAGAUGAAUGCGACGAAAAGUCAGAUUUAAAUAUUGCGAGGCAUAUCGUGAAUGUACAUCGGUUUCAGGAUGAUGCGAUUAAUCCGGAGUUCAGUACGGAGACUUUGCAACGAUAUAUCCGCUACGCGAGGACAUUCCAACCGAAGCUUACGCCAGAAGCAGCGGCCGUAUUGGUCGAGAAAUAUCGCAUUCUGAGACAAGAUGACAGUUCCGGAACAGGUAGAAACUCGUAUCGUAUUACGGUCCGGCAGCUCGAAAGCAUGAUACGUUUGAGCGAAGCGAUUGCGAGAGCAAAUUGCACGGCAGAGAUAACCCCCGCAUUCGUGCGCGAGGCCUACAGUCUGUUGCGCCAAUCGAUCAUUCAUGUCGAGCAAGAUGAUAUCGACUUCGAUGAAGAAGAGCUAGAGGGCGAGCGGGAAGGCGAUAGGCGGUCUCGCGCGAACUCUCACGAAGCUGAAGACAGUCAGGAUGUCGACAUGUCUACAGCCAUGGAUGAAACUGAACAGAGUUACGAUGAGUCCUCGGGUAUUAAUGGAGCAAGCUCCAAUGGUCUCAAUGGUGCUGCCACAUCCGAUGGACCUUCAGGAAUGGCGAACACGGCUGGGGGGGCGGAGCACCCCCAGCCGAGGAGGAUGGUCAUCACUUCCGAUAAAUACAUGACAAUACAGAGUCUCAUCGUCCUUCAUCUGUCUCAGGUUGAGCGUGAGACAGGAAGGGGUAUGGAUCGAGAUGAUCUGGUUGACUGGUAUUUGAACGAGAUAGAGGAUCAAGUCCACGAUGAAUCAGGAUUGCGUUACGAAGAAGAGCUUGUUACAAAGGUACUACGCAAGCUGGUGAAGGACAACUACCUCAUAGAAAUCAGAGGAGACGUCCAAGAUUCGUUGCCUCGAUCCAUGGCGAGCAGUGGCCAGCCUUCCACUGACGACCAGGGUGACAAUGUGCGCGUCUACUACAUGGUCCACCCUUCUGUCGACACAGAGGGCUCUUCACCAGUUCGGUGAAUUGCAUUGAUCGAGCCGUCCUCAAGCCCAAUGCUUCUUUCCGUGUAACCUUGUCUCUCUAGGAUCUGACGUCGUUGUUGCUUUGAGUUGCAUGUUUGUCCGCCCUGUCCGUAGUUUACCUUGAUAAAUCCAUCGCUUGCGUUGCUAUGUCG